AUGGCUACAUCUCCCAGUGACUCUGUCAUGAAAAAGAAAGAUCCCAAGGAGCAAGUCUUACCACCCAACUGGGACAUUGAGCAACGAGAACCCGAGAAGAAACGCUCGGGUGUGCUCAAUGUAGUGGUUUCCGGAUUGGCCCUGUUCAGUGAUGGAUACAACGCUCAAAUCAUUGGCUAUAUGGAGCCUUUGUUCUCGGUCCUCUACAUGGACGGAAUGUCUUCGACUAUAAAGUCGCGCCUGUCGAACUCAUAUCUCAUCGGUGAGAUAUAUGGCAUGCUUUUCUUUGGCGUCCUAAUUGACCGCAUUGGUCGUCGGACUGGCAUUGUCGCCGCAAUGGCGUUUCUCAUUAUUGGAGUGGUGUUGGCAACUGCGUCUCAUGAGGAUGCCAAGUUCAAAGCAUAUUUAGAAGAGAAUGGGUAUGAUGUGAGUUUGUAUGGCGAGGCAUUGGUCGUCAACGCCCGGGCUUCGACUUAG